AUGCUCCAAAUGAUCAGGAACGAAAGGCAUGAACAAUUCAGGGACAAACUUGUUUCCAAGCCGGUUCUACGCAGUACACCUAGACCGCUUCCCCCGCGUUUAGCAGCGAUUAGAGCUGAAUCAAAUAUCCUGACAGCCGUAUGCCGAGGAUCUAUUCCAUCUGCGACAACAUUCGGCACGAACGUUACUGGAGCCGUGCCUAGGUCUCACGAUUAUAUCGAGAAUGCUCCCACAGUUUCGUUGACGAACAGCAUUCCGAGUUAUGACAAGGCGAACGUCGCAGUAUCGUGCCCGAAUGUGAUCCCAUUAAAUUCAAACAAUGAGUAUUUCGCCAAACCGAAUCGAGCAGCCCAACCGACGUCGGAUAUAGUUCAAGACAUCUCGUCUAUUGUAGUUUCAUUGGGUCAACUAGCAACGUGUCAGCAACAACAAGAACCCGUAGCGGUAAAUAACUACCCCAGUUUACCUAGUUAUGGUUGUAAUAUGAAUCGGGAAGGCAGUUUUCACCCUCCAUCGACCCAUCUAGACCCAUCGCCGCCUACGGAAAAAGACUUGAGAAACACUAACGAAUACAAAAUGCCAUCAGCUGCUCAACUAGCUGCUCGACAAGUAAUACCACGUGAGCUGCCAUACUUUGAAGGUGAUCCACAAGACUGGCCACUUUUCUACGGCACCUUUCAAAACAGUACCAAAAGUUGCGGUUUUUCCGAUGAGGAGAACUUAUCUAGGCUACAGCGAUGCUUGCGAGGACCAGCUCUUGCAGCGGUUAGAAGUCGCCUCAUGAUUCCAGAGUCCGUACCACUAGUGAUGGAUAUUUUGAAACGCCAAUUUGGUAGACCAGACAUUCUUAUUCACGCACUACUGAACGAUCUUCGAAGGAUUACACCACCAAAAGAGGAUAAUCUACAAUCUAUCAUCAAUUUUGGCCUGGCUGUUCGUAAUAGUGUGGAUCAUAUGAUCACUGCAAACCUGUUGGAGCACCUUAGUAACCCAACUUUACUGCAGGAACUCGUGUCGAAGAUGCCAAUACAAACGCAAAUGGAGUGGUCUCGGUUUAAGCGCCAGUAUACUACAGUAAACCUAGAAGUAUUUUGCCAUUUUACUAACGAGUUGGCAGACACAGCCACCGACGUUAUUAUGCCACGCUUUGUACCUAAACACGAGGGUAUGAAGAAAACCGGUAAGGAUAGGCAAACACUUUACGCACAUACACUUCUUGAAGAUGCAGCUCGUGAUACGGCAGAAGAAAUGCCAAAGAAGUGUUGUGUUUUCUGUGGCUACCCAAACCACGUAAUAGCUACAUGCGAAUCGUUUCUAAGGUUGGAUUAUGAUGGGCGAAGGAAGGCCGUCGAGGAGAAAAGGCUAUGUCGCACUUGUCUAAUACCCCAUAAAAGAUGGCCAUGUCGAUCGGCGAAUGAGUGUGGCAUUAACGGUUGUCGAAUUCGCCACCACGCCUUACUACACUCGCAGACGGCCUCCAAUCCAAGUUCUUCUCCACAUGUCACUAUUGCGCAUCACCAUACCAGCCUAUCAUUUUCACUUUAUCGCUAUUUUCCCAUUGUAUUACAAGCCAACGGUAAGUCAGUCGAGAUAAUUGCCUUCCUGGAUGACGGUUCAUCUUCUACAUUACUUGAGACGAGUGUGGCGACCAGCCUCGGAGUUGAAGGAGAACGUGGGACAUUAUGGUUGAGUUGGACGAACAAUGUAUCGCGAGAGGAAAAAGGUUCACAACGAAUUUCAGUGACAGCUUCCGGUCUGGGAAAGAAAAAAAUGUUUAAAAUGAACAAUGUUCGCACAGUAGCAGACCUCCUUCUUCCAUCUCAGACCUUCGACUAUGAAACUAUGCAAAAAGCGUACCCACAUUUAAGAGGCUUGCCAGUGACUAGUUACAAAGAUGCUAAGCCAAGGAUGAUAAUAGGUAUUGAACAUGCCGCCCUUUUAACAUCGCUUAAAACACGAGAAGGCUGUACUAAUGACCCAAUCGCAGUAAAGACACGCCUAGGUUGGUGUGUUUUCGGCCGACAGAUGAACGGCGUACAAGCGAUCGAAACCGUUAAUGUACAUUGCGCCACAGAAAAUUGCGAUCACGAACUGCACGAGUUGAUAAAACUGCUGCUCAAAUUGGAGGAUUCUAAAGCAAAAGCUCCGCUGUCAGAAUGUGACAAACGGGCUUUGGCCAUUUUAGAAGCAACCACACGGCGUGUCGACGGAAGGUUCGAAGCUGGCUUGUUAUUUAAACACCCGGAACAGCGGUUUCCCAACAGCUUCCCUAUGGCCGAACGUAGAUUGCAGGCACUAGAACGUCGUCUGGCUAAAAAUUCCUUUCUGGGCCAAAAGGUAAAAGAACAAAUAAACCUAUACCUAGAGAAAGGCUAUGCUCACCUUGCAUCAACAGAAGAGUUACAUGAAACAGACCCUGAAAAGUCGUGGUACCUUCCACUAGGAGUGGUACAAAAUCCCAAGAAACCCCAGAAGGUCCGCUUAAUAUGGGAUGCUGCUGCUCGAGCUCAUGGCGUGUCGUUCAAUGAUGCCUUACUAACAGGACCCGAUCUUCUGACUUCUCUACCGGAUAUCCUCAUCAGGUUUCGACAGAGAAACAUCGCCUUUACCGGCGACAUCAAGGAGAUGUUUCAUCAAGUCAGGAUUCGAGACUCUGAUAAGCAAUAUCAACGUUUCCUGUUCCGCGAAGAUCCACAGCAGCCACCGCAAGUCUAUGUUAUGGAUGUAGCUACGUUUGGGGCAACAUGCUCUCCAUGCAUAGCCCAAUACGUAAAGAACCUAAAUGCCAUGGAACACGCAAAUGAAUUUCCACUUGCUGCCGAAGACAUAAUUAAAGAACACUAUAUGGAUGAUUACUUGAAGAGCGUAGAUACACCAGAUGAAGCUGUGGAAUUGGUAAACCAGGUAAAAUUGAUUCACUCUAGAGGGGGUUUCGAGAUAAGAAACUUUGCCUCUAAUUCAAAAGAGGUCCUAGAUCGAUUGGGUGAGGUCGAAGACUUACAACAAAAGGUGCUAGGUGUUGAACCAGGACUCUGCACCGUUGAAAAGUCUGAACGAGUGUUGGGUAUCAUCAGGAAACCGCAGACUGAUGUUUUCACCUUUGAUGCUUCGUUGCAAAUAGAAGCGAUACGACACAUGGACGUUAGACGACCUCCGAUCCGACGUAUUCGAUCCCUUGGGGCUGAUAGCCCAUUUCGUUGUCCACGGCAGAAUCUUGAUGCAAGAGAUCUGGAAAUAUGGUUGUGA